AUGGUGAUACAGGAAGGGACAAUUGUGGAUGAUGGUUUCCAAUUCUAUAAAAUUGUGGACAACUAUUACUACAUGUUGGUAGAGAACAAAACAGACAAUGCCAUGCAAGAUGGUGAUCGACGGGAUCCUCGGCGGGCAGAAUUACAGAGAACCGGGUCAGGAAACAAAGUACCAGUGGGCAAAACAGCUUCCAACUCCUCUGCACCGGGUGCUCUAGGAGCCAUCCAGUCACCACGUCACAGUGCUAGCAGUGGGGUGCUUCCAGAUCUUCUCCCUCCUCACACGCCCCCACAAUCACGAUCCCCGCCGACGCCCCAGCGUCCACAGGACAAAACCACAUCAGAUGAGUACCGACAAGCUGUGAGCAGUGCAGUUACACCAUCAAUGCGACACCAGCGGUCUUUUUCAGCGUUUGGUUUUGGAGCAGAGGGAUCAACUAUUGGCUCCAUUUCUCAACAGUCACGAAGAGGAUCACAGAUCAAUGUCAACGUGACACCAUCACAAACCACGACAGAAGCCAUCGGGGACACACCAGAAAUCAGAAAAUACAAGAAAAAAUUCAACUCUGAUAUCUUGUGUGCAGCAUUAUGGGGUGUGAAUCUGUUGAUAGGUACAGAGAGUGGUCUAAUGCUAUUGGACAGAAGUGGUCAGGGAAAGGUGUACACGUUGAUCUCACGGCGCCGUUUCCAGCAGAUGGAAGUGUUAGAGGGACAAAAUAUCCUGGUGACAAUCUCUGGGAAAAAGAACAAGAUACGUGUGUUCUACCUGAAUUGGUUAAAAAACAAGAUCUUCAAGACGGAGGGUGUAAGUGUUAAUGACAAGAGAAGUGGUUUUGUGAAUGUUGGAGAUUUAGAAGGCUGUGUGCACUUUAAAAUUGUGAAAUAUGAGAAAAUAAAGUUCCUUGUCAUAGCCCUUCAAGAAAGCAUAGAGAUCUAUGCCUGGGCACCUAAACCAUACCACAAGUUUAUGGCAUUUAAGUCUUUCAGUGAUCUAGUCCACAGACCCCUACUGGUAGAUCUGACAGUGGAGGAAGGUCAGAGGUUAAAGGUUCUUUAUGGGUCAAAUUCCGGUUUCCAUGCCAUCGAUGUUGAUACAACUUCCUCCUUCGAUCUAUACAUUCCUUCCCAUUUUUGCCAUAACAAUGACAACACGGCACAAACGGGUAUCACUUUCUAUCUUAGUCAGAGCCAGGGUCCCAUCACACCACAUACUAUAGUUGUACUGCCUAACACCAACGGCAUGCUGCUUCUACUCUGCUAUAACAAUGAAGGGGUUUAUGUCGACUCUAAUGGCCGGGUCACCAAAAAUGUGGUUCUGCAGUGGGGAGAACUUCCAACAUCUGUAGCUUAUAUUAGUACUGGACAGGUGAUGGGCUGGGGAAACAAGGCAAUAGAAAUCCGUGCGGCCGAAACUGGACAUCUGGACGGUGUGUUUAUGCAUAAGAAAGCUCAGAAGCUCAAAUUCUUGUGUGAGAGAAAUGACAAGGUGUUUUUCUCCUCCGUGCGGUCGGGGUCCUGCUGUCAAAUAUACUUUAUGACAUUAAGCAAGCCCGGUCUGGCAAAUUGGUGACAACAUGGAGCCAUUAUCUCAGGGUUAAUGCGUAAAUUCUCAUCUGCAGCUUUUAAAAUACAUCACAACUUUUUAUCCUUUGACACUAGUUCAGUAUUUUAUUUGGGCAGAAAACAUAUCUUUCCAAACGUCACAAAAGCUGAAAAAAACAUGGUUGAUGUGGAAACUGCCUACUGUUUUCUAUGGAUGAGACAACAUUACCAUGGGAACCAUGACGACUGGUUGUCACAGAUGUGUGAACACAUAACUAUGGUUGAGUGAUCGAGGUUGUUUCAGUUCUAAAUGUGUAAAGUCAUUGACACUCGCUAUUUUUCACUGAAUUGAAUAUAAACCCAUUUAAGUGUUGAUAUAUAUUAUACAGCUUUCAAUUUCACUGUUGUUAUGGCAGGGGACAAUAAAGGAAUGACAAUGAUGUCAUAUCCUGUUGCCAAGGCAGACAGAGGUGUACAGAGGCCUGCAAACACUGCACAAUCUUGGAAGUUUACAGAAGUCACAUAAAGGGAGAGGACUUGUUAGAGGUGUGACGGACAGCCAAACUGAGGCAAAAAGUGAUGUAGCCGAUUGUGUUCACUGGAGUAUUUUUCACACAUAAUAGGCGUGUUUUUUGUAUUGGGCUGUACCAGACUGUUGGUGACAGACUGUUGAUGACAAAUUCUACUGGGUUGUACCAGACUGUUGGUGACAGACUGUUGGUGACAGAUCCUACUGGGCUGUACCAGACUGUUGGUGACAGAUCCUACUGGGCUGUACCAGACUGUUGGUGACAGACUGUUGGUGACAGAUCCUACUGGGCUGUACCAGACUGUUGGUGACAGAUCCUACUGGGCUGUACCAGACUGUUGGUGACAGCUACUGGGCUGUACCAGACUGUUGGUGACAGAUCCUACUGGGCUGUACCAGACUGUUGGUGACAGAUCCUACUGGGCUGUACCAGACUGUUGGUGACAGAUCCUACUGGGCUGUACCAGACUGUUGGUGACAGACUGUUGAUGACAAAUUCUACUUGGUUGUACCAGACUGUUGGUGACAGACUGUUGGUGACAGAUCCUACUGGGCUGUACCAGACUGUUGGUGACAGAUUCUACUGGGCUGUACCAGACUGUUGGUGACAGCUGUUGGUGACAGCUACUGGGCUGUACAGACUGUUGGUGACAGAUCCUACUGGGCUGUACCAGACUGUUGGUGACAGAUCCUACUGGGCUGUACAGACUGUUGGUGACAGAUCCUACUGGGCUGUACCAGACUGUUGGUGACAGACUGUUGGUGACAGAUCCUACUGGGCUGUACCAGACUGUUGGUGACAGAUUCGGAAUGCAUCCUUUUAUUAUGUUUGUCCAGCACUGUAGGGUGUUGUACUGUAGCCAAUUUGGUCUGUUGGCCAGGAAUAUGCUUGUCAAGCCUUAACUCGAAGUUUUUAGUAAAAUUCAAAGGCAUUAAAUGUGAUAUAGUCUGGUUUUAUAAACAUUGGUACAUGGAAUCUGCAAAGUGAAUCAUUCAGAUAAGUUGGUCAUAACUUGGAACUCUGCAACCUUGACUGUUCUGUAGCAAGGAAGCUGGGAAAAUCUGGUUAUCCUGUCUAUGAUGAUAUAUCCUGAUUGUAAGAUGAUAUGAUUAAUAAACAGUAAGACGAUACACCCAGUUUCUUCCAGUGAAAGACUUGACAGAGUUCCAUUUAAGCUUGAUUUCACACAAUAUAUUUCACAGUUAAAACCUUAUUGUGGUAGUUAAACAGGUCUAUAUUGGUGAUGGACCAGUGGAGUACAAUUCCAUAUUUACCCUUAUUCACCCACAAACUUGUCUGUGCAGCAUCUCUGUGCAGUAUUUGACGAACUUCAGUGCAUUUUUGGUGUAAUGUAGAAUUGAGAAUAUGUAUACGUUGACUGACUAUAAUACUCAGUUGUCUGUAAGUCCAGUUAACCUGCCUCUGGCUACUAGUGUUUGUCCUUACUUUGUUGAUGUUGGUUAUUAUUUCUGCCAAACUGCUUUUAAUUGUUGUAGAAUUCCUUCUUCCAUUAAUUCCAUGAAAAUCUCUUGAUAUAUUUUAACAGAACUAUGAGUAUCACAUUAAGCUGAAUGUCUGUCUUCUGUCCUAAAGUGGUCACAUCAUUGAUAGGUGAGGGGAGAUAAUCCUUGUCAACAUUCAAUGACAGCACUCUAAGACAAACUUUCGUGUGUGAGGAACCUGAAGUACUGUGUGCCAAAACCAUGUGAUUUUUAUGUAAGUCUUGGUUAAUCUAUUUAGAUGCAAAAUCACUAAGAUUUUAUUAGUUGCCCUGUUUUUUCUAGUUAAUAUUUAAAAUCUCGCUUCUCUAUGUAUGUUUGACCUUGAAAUAUGUGUGAAGCAUGUUUGUUCUGAUCAAGAUCAACAGACAUUUUGAUGUUUCAACUGCUAUUCAGUUUGUUGUAUACUUAAUUUAUGUUAAUAACUUUGUAUUUCUUCACAUUUCAAUGAUCUCAUGCUUAUUUUUCAUUUUGUAUUUAAUUUGAUUUUAAGAACCAAAUUUGUCUUCGUGUUGUAUAGGAAAUUCAGUAAACUUAUUUGAAACUUCCGAAAGAAAAUUAAAAUUUUUAGACAAACCCUUUGUUAUAUCAACAAUUUGAAAAGUUAAAGUUUU